UCGCCGCCGAAGGCCGCUCAUUCUAACCCAUUUCUUUUUAAAUCUUCUAUUACGGACCUAUUAUUUACUAAUUGUAUCAAGCAUUAUGCCCGCAAAUCUCCAUUCGAACCUCUGGUCGGUGAUCCGACAGGAUAGCAUUAGUACUACUGUUAGGGAGGAUGAUGAAGAGCCUUUCCUCCCAGUUUACGAACCCCCUGUGGGAAGCAAAGUGUAACUCUGUGCUCCAAAUGGCUUCUUUUGUCGCUGAUUGAUCUGCUCCGUUACUUAUCCAUUGUGGGGUCGUCUAUCUAUGCGGUGUCGAUCAUGAAUAUUAGAUAUCGGGGACCGCCUCUCGCACUGGCAAGAUCGAUUACUUCAAAUCUCUCAGAAUCGUUUUUGCAGAUGGAUACACAAGAGACGGUGGUAUAUACCUACAACUUACAAGUUGGGUGUGCUCCCCUGCAAUUCUCAGUGCUUGUUGAACCUGAAGCAGAUCAACCAAAUCACUACACCCUCUCACUUUCAAUGAAAGCUGGUUAUGUUGAAAGAGCGCUCUGUGAUCCAGUCACCCUGAGACUAUCAAUAGACCCCCGGCGGCUGGACUUCUCUACUGCAGGCAUCGACCAUCGGAUAUUUAGCGAUAACGAUCUUUGGGUUGGGAGAGACCCCGAUUUUCGAUCUGUCGGAGACGCUUGUUUUGCUGUACUGCGAAAUGCAACACAAGACAUGCUGAUAUAUCAGGGCGUCGUAGGUCGUGCGCACGUUAGCUUUAUAAUAAGAUGGAAGCUCGUAGAAGUCGGCCUAUACAGUCUCUCCCUAGAGUACGAAGCCGGAGGCGCCGGUCGAACACUCUUCGAAAAUCACUACAUGAGACUAGAGUGCGAACCACAAAUCGUCUCAUUCCUGAUUUACGUCAUACCUGUAACUUCAACACCCGCUGGCGCAUCCCACCGCCUCCGCUUCUGGCUCCGCACACCCUUCGUAUCGCAGUCCCCCGCCUCCUCCACCGUCUCUCAAUCCGAAUCCUACAUCUACCAGCGCAUAUGGAAAUCAGACGAUUUCAAGAUAGGCGCUGGUCUCAACUUUGAAGCACUAGGAUCUAAACUUGUGAUGGGUGUCCGCGAUCCAGAUUCACCGCGAAUAGAACGUGAUCUUCCGUGUUUGGACCCUAGCCGACGCCGGAGCUUGCGGACACCUACGAACUGCAAUUGGUAAGCUCGUCUCUAUCACACAAUUUUUGACCCCAGUACCUCACAUAUUUAUGAACCUGAUGCUAUGCUUCUCACCUCACGACAGUUCUGACAUGCACGUUUAUUUCAUUUAUUUAUUCACAUCCCACAUUUAACAUCGAAGAAAAUUUAUAGUUCAUACGUAAACUACGAUA